CGCCGGACGUGAGGCUGUGGGCUGCCAGGCUCUGUUAUGGCUACUACAGGGGCACGUUGGAACCAUGUGUGGGUUGGCACCGAGACUGGGAUCCUUAAAGGGGUGAACCUUCAGCGCAAACAGGCGGCGAACUUCACGGCGACGGGACAGCCGCGGCGCGAGGAGGCGGUGAGCGCCCUAUGUUGGGGCGCGGGUGGUGAGACACAGAUCCUGGUAGGCUGUGUCGACAGGACAGUGAAGCACUUUAGCACCGAGGAGGGCAGAUUCCAGGGCCAGAGGCACUGCCCCGGCGGGGAGGGCACGUUUCGAGGCCUCGCCCAGGUCGACGGCACCCUCAUCACAUGUGUGGAUUCUGGGAUUCUCCGAGUCUGGCGUGACAAUGACAAGGAGAUAUCUUCCGACCCACUCCUGGAACUGAGGGUGGGCCCUGGGGUGUGUAGGAUGCGCCAAAACCCAGCGCAUCCCCACGUCGUUGCCACAGGUGGGAAGGAGAAUGCUUUAAAGGUGUGGGACCUGCAGGGGUCUGAGGAGCCUGUGUUCAGAGCCAAGAACGUACGGAAUGACUGGCUCGACCUGCGAGUUCCCAUCUGGGACCAGGACAUACAGUUCCUCCCCGAGUCACAGAAGCUCGUCACCUGUACAGGGUACCACCAGGUCCGUGUCUAUGAUCCAGCCUCCCCCCAGCGCCGGCCGGUGCUAGAGGCCACCUAUGGGGAGCACCCACUGACCGCUAUGACUCUCACUCCUGGGAGCAAUUCGGUGAUUGUGGGGAACACUCAUGGGCAGCUGGCAGAGAUUGACCUGCGGCAAGGGCGCCUGCUGGGUUGUCUGAAGGGGCUGGCGGGCAGUGUCCGAGGGCUGCAGUGCCACCCUUCAAAGCCCCUCUUAGCCUCCUGUGGCUUGGACAGAAUGUUGAGGGUACACAGGAUCCGGAAUCCACGGGGUCUGGAGCACAAGGUUUAUCUCAAGUCUCAACUGAACUGCCUUCUCCUGUCAGGCAGGGAUAACUGGGAGGAUGAACCGAUGGAGCCUCAAGAGCCCCAAAAGCCCAAAAACUUAUCCUCAGAAGACGCAGAGGCAGAUGAACUUUGGGCUUCUUUGGAGGCAGCUGCCAAGCGGAAGCUCCCUGACAGGGAGCAGACCCCAGGGGCUUUCCAAACCAGACGGAGAAAGAAGAAGCGGCCUGGCUCCACCAGCCCCUGAAAAGCCUGAGCUCAUUUUGUAAAUAAACAGUUGA